AAUGGAGUCUGCUGCCCCAUAGACUAUUUUUUGAACUGUGGUCGAUAAAAUUCUUCUAGUCUAUUUUAAUCUCUUUAACUUUCGUUGUAGUUACAGAUCCGAAGUACGCAAAGUAAAAAUGAAAAAAAAUUGAAACGGAGCGGCUACUGAAGAUUUGGGUGUUGCAGGAGAAGGCGGUGUGAUAUUGUGAUCACAUACAGAAUGACACAAAAGAGGAGACAUAGCCAUGCUGAGGAAGACAGUGAAAAUCAAGCACCUGUCAAGGAUGAAGACGAAGAAGAACAACAUUCUAAUAAUAAUAAGAGAAAGCGAGUAUCGACCCCUGAACCUCAAGACGGCGGCCUUCUUCCAUUGGCUGCUUAUGGCGACGACGAUGACGACGAGGAUAACGACGAGGACGAUGAGAGGGAUGAAAAUGGCGCACCUCUUCAUCAGAGGAGCCAACGCCUCGUCGAAAUUCGCAAAGAUUGUCCAUAUUUGGAUACUGUCAAUAGACAGGUUUUAGAUUUUGAUUUUGAGAAGUUCUGCUCAGUGUCUCUUUCAAACCUGAAUGUCUACGCUUGCCUUGUAUGUGGGAAGUACUAUCAAGGCAGAGGUCGAAAAUCCCAUGCUUACACUCACAGUCUUGAAGCAGGUCACCAUGUCUAUAUCAAUCUCCGCACAGAAAAGGCGUAUUGUCUUCCAGAUGGAUAUGAAGUUAAUGAUCCUUCACUUGAUGAUAUCCGACAUGUCUUGAACCCAAGGUUCUCAAGGGACCAGGUCGAGCAACUUGAUAUAAACAAGCAAUGGUCUAGGGCACUUGAUGGAUCAGAUUAUUUACCUGGCAUGGUGGGUCUCAACAACAUCAAGGAAACUGAUUUUGUCAAUGUAACCAUUCAAUCACUAAUGCGGGUUACUCCUCUAAGAAACUUUUUUCUUAUUCCUGAAAAUUAUCAGAACUGCAAGUCACCUCUUGUUCAUCGAUUUGGAGAAUUGACAAGGAAAAUAUGGCAUGCACGGAAUUUCAAGGGACAGGUGAGUCCCCAUGAAUUUCUACAAGCAGUUAUGGUAGCCAGUAAGAAGCGAUUCCGCAUUGGUGUGCAGUCAGAUCCUGUGGAGUUCAUGUCUUGGCUUUUAAAUACCCUUCACUCAGACCUUGGAGGAACAAAAAAAUCUAAGAGCAGCAUCAUUUACAAGUGCUUUCAGGGUGAGUUAGAGGUAGUGAAAGAGAUCCAAAACAAGAAAGGGAAUGAGAAGAAAGACGACAUGGAGCAACAACAAAAAGUAACUGGUGUUGAGGAUAAAACAGGUCCAGAAAAUGUGGUCAGAGAAGUCUGUAGAAUGCCUUUCCUUAUGCUUGGACUCGAUCUUCCUCCUCCUCCUCUUUUUAAAGAUGCAAUGGAGAAGAAUAUCAUUCCUCAGGUUCCUCUUUUCAACAUACUAAAGAAAUUUGAUGGUGAAUCUGUUACUGAAGUAGUCCGUCCCCAAAUUGCCAGGAUGAGAUAUCGGGUCACCAGGCUGCCACAAUAUCUUAUCUUACAUAUGCGACGAUUUACAAAGAACAAUUUUUUUGUGGAAAAGAACCCUACUCUUGUGAACUUUCCUGUAAAAAAUCUUGAAUUGAAGGAUUAUAUUCCUUUGCCUGCCCCAAAAAGUAAUGAAAAAUUACGGUCUAAGUAUGACCUCAUUGCAAAUACAGUUCAUGAUGGGAAGCCUGGUGAAGGUUCUUACCGAGUGUUUGUACAGAGAAAGUCAGAAGAAGGCUGGUACGAAAUGCAGGAUCUUCAUGUUGCUGAGACUCUACCUCAGAUGGUUGCACUCUCUGAAGCAUACACACAAAUUUAUGAACAACAGCAGUAAGGACUGUUUGAAGUCUUUAUCAUACAUGCACGCUGAUGUUUUAGGGGAUUCCUUGCAUCAAUUGUAAGAUGAAUUCAAUUUUUCUGAGAAUUCUUCUGGCAUAAUAUUCUCUCUUUGAUUCUCGUGCACUUUCAUCCUGACCUCUGGCAUUUUCGUCUCAUAUCCUUUAUAUGAUUAUCUUAACUGAAUCAUUCAGCCAUAUCCAUAAAUCUGUUUUUGUAAUUUUGUAUUGAGGCAAAUAUUGUAUUAUUUCACAUGAUUGCCAAAAAUAUAUUUAAUUUUGUUGAAAUAAAGAUGAAGUUUUCUUUGAACAU